AUGCUUGAAGCUUUUGAGGUUGUUACCACCUCAGGUGUGGUGUUAUGGUCCAAGUCCUACGCUCCUGUGGGGUCGCAUGUCAUUAACAGCCUGAUCAACGACGUUUUUAUCGAGGAGAAGGUCGUUCCUCAAGGCAACGCUGCGACAGGAGCUUCGCCUAUAUUCAAGAAAGAGAAAUAUACCCUCAAAUGGAAGCAGGUGAAAGAAUUUAACCUGAUCUUCGUGGCUGUCUACCAAUCACUACUUCACCUCGGCUGGAUUGACAAGCUCCUCGAAAACAUCUCUACGAUUUUCCUCGACCUAUACAAGGACCAGCUCAAGGGCAAUCGCACCAGAAUCACUACCUACCGAUUCGAGCCGUACUUCGAACAGCAAGUGCGGGAGCUCGAGGAUAACACCGGUAGUGUCGCUGAGACACACAUCACUGAGACGGGAGAGAAGAAGGAUCCUCUUGUUUCAUCGGACAAUGGAGGUCCCCCACCACCACCGGUCCCCGGCCUCAUCAAAGCGCAGCACCAAGCUGCGCUAGCCGGGGCAACCUCUGACGAGGGCACGCCACCGGCAACUCCUGAUGCUUCUAGAUCUGGUACCCCAGUCGCCGGCCACAUCCUCACCGGAAAGGCUGGUCCUGGCGGCCGAGUUUCUCGCCGUGCACGCAAGGCUGCAAAUGUGAACCCCAACGCCUCGUCUGGUGACGAGGUUUCUCGCAAGGCCAAACCCACCAAGGGCUCUGCCAAGAAGAUGCGUAAGUGGGAUGACAACGGAUAUGCAGACGAAGACGAUGGUGAGAAUCUGGAUUACUCUGCUCCAGCAGGUGAUGAGAUCGCAUCGACUCCCGCUGUGGAGUCUGUUGCCGCCGAAGACUGGGGUCACAAGACUGGCAAGGGUCAAUUCGUGCUGAAGGACUUGGGUGACGAAGUCCACAAUAUCUUGGACAAUGCCGAUGCCCAGAAGGGCAAGGGUUCCUCCGCGACUUCUGGUUUCAUCGGCUCUGGCUUCAAUGCAGUCGGUGGCCUCUUCCGCAACAUUGUUGGUGGCAAGGUUCUCACAGAAUCCGAUCUCAAGAACCCACUCAAAGUUAUGGAGGACCAUCUACUGAAGAAGAACGUUGCUCGUGAAGCAGCCGUGCGUCUAUGUGAAGGUGUGGAGCGCGAGUUGGUGGGCAAGAAAACUGCAAACUUCCAAAGUGUCGAUGCCGCGUUACGCAUUGCCAUGGAGGCUUCUCUGCGGAAGAUCCUAACACCAACAUCUUCCCUCGACCUGCUUCGUGAGAUCAAUGCUAUCACAGCCCCAACCACUAAGGCACAAGCUCCUCGGCCAUACGUUAUGUCCAUUGUUGGUGUCAACGGUGUUGGCAAAUCUACCAAUCUUAGCAAGAUCUGUUUCUUCCUCCUGCAGAACAACUACCGAGUUCUCAUUGCUGCCUGUGACACGUUCCGUUCCGGUGCAGUUGAGCAGCUGCGCGUCCACGCCCGUAACCUGAACGAGCUCAGUUCCCGUGAGAGCGUGGGCGAAAUCGAGCUCUAUGAAAAGGGAUACGGCAAAGAUGCUGCGAACGUCGCCAAGGAUGCCGUCGACUACGCAGCCGCUCACAAGUUUGACGUCGUCUUGAUUGACACCGCUGGUCGCCGUCACAAUGACCAGCGACUUAUGUCUUCUCUGGAGAAAUUUGCCAAGUUCGCUAACCCUGACAAGAUUUUCAUGGUUGGUGAGGCUUUGGUCGGCACCGACAGUGUUAUGCAGGCACGUAACUUCAAUGCGGCCUUUGGAACUGGUCGGAAUUUGGACGGAUUCAUCAUCAGCAAGUGCGAUACUGUGGGUGAUAUGGUUGGUACGCUCGUUAGUAUGGUCCAUGCUACUGGCAUUCCCAUUGUUUUCUUGGGUGUGGGACAGCAUUACGGCGAUCUGCGUGGACUGAGUGUCCCUUGGGCUGUUGAUCUGUUGAUGAAAUAA